UGAAGAAAUGUAUACUCAUUAUAUAUGUAAACAUAGAGAAAUGUUGAAUUUAAGUAACACUAAAUUUUACAAUGAUAAUCAGAGACACGAUUAUGAUUUCGAAAAAUUGAAUCUACUUUAACAUUUGGAGAAAAAAGAAUUUAUGAAAUUUGGAUAAAAUACAUGGUAUUUCACUAGCAAUGAUAAGUAAAAGAAAGGUUAUUUUGUACGAUAUACAAGGGUUCCUUGAUGGGUGCGACCGUACCUGUAUCUGCAACCUCCGUAGCGACGAUCUGAAUGUUACGACAACGACGGCGUUGAUCUAGCAUCGACGCCAGGCGCUGCGUUUUACUCGAUUUUCAAAGAAUUGUAAGUUUCGAGUACACCAACAACAGGCGGCGCAGAUCGCAAUAAAUUUACUUUCGUGUACGGCUGUGCUGUUGCAAAUGCGAAAAACUGAAACUAUGAGUUCGCUUAUUUGCGAGGAAAUGAAAGUGACGGCUAUGCCCGUUUAGUUUCAUUUUGUUGCGUGUAUGUGUAGUAAACGAUGUAACACAGUGUGACUGAUGGAAGUGGGGGUAUUGAGUCUCUGCAUUUUUUAUGUGCUUCUAAAAACAAAUUCAUGUUAAAAGAAACUUGCGGCCUCUCAUUGUUGAUUAUUGACUGUUAUUCUUUUAAAUUUUCUGCAUGACAUGUCAAAUACGUAAACGUCAAUACGUAAUUGUAUUAUGAAUCGUACCGAUGUUUCGACUAUAUUAAAUAUUAUGUUACAACACGUGUACGAUUAUUGCUGACUCAAAGGAGUCUUAAAUUCACUACAAUGUCAAUCAAUCCUGUGUUACCAAGAUUGUCCUUUUAUUUGAUUUCGGAAUAAAACAUUUUCUUACAUUUAAAAAUUUUUAAGAUACUGCUCAUUAUAAUAUUAUAAUAUCAAAGAGAAAUAUUGCUUGUCUUAAUAAUUAUGACUUUGGUUUUCACACAAUUUUGUCAACUUAUCAGCUAUUUUUCAAAUACUAGCAUCUUUCGAUCCGACAGAUUGUUUUUGUUUUUCAUUAUAGGAUGUUAAAACACUCCUAUUUAAUCACAGAGUAACAUUAAAGCCAAAAAUUUAACAAAAAUGUUUAAUAAGAUUAUUUUUAAUGAAAAUUAUGGCUCAUUCUACACAGGACACGAAUAUAAGCAGUUCUUUUACCUUGAUUGACAAUUUAUUAAACGAUAAUUCAUUAACUAACAAAUAUUAUCAUUCUAAUAUAUCAUGAGAGUUUAGAGAAAGAAAUAAUAAUGGAUGAAAAGGAUGAGAUAGAUUUAAUAUGGAUAUGCAAUAGUCCUAUCAAUGUCUCAAAAAAAUAUGAAAAUCAAGAACAUGAGGAUAAUAGCCUCAUUGAUGUUAAAUCAUCUGAAAAUAUAUUUCCAUGGCUCAGCAAAUUUAAUAAAAUAAUGUGUUCAUCUGUGGGACAUAGAAGUUACCAAUUGUUAAAACAUUUACUUUUCCUUUACACACAAAAUAUUUUAACCAGUAUAAAUACAUAUUGUGAAAAGACAUUAGAUAUGAUAAAAUUAAAAACUCAUCUACGUAACACACUAAUAUUUUUUCAUCUUUACUGGAAUGAUAUUAAAGAGCAUGUUAGCGAUUGCAACUUAUAUUUAAGUGAGAUGUCAGUGAUAUUGGGAAUAUAUAUAGAUAUAGAACUCAAAACUUCUAAGCACUCUAUGGAUUCUUCUAAACUUGCUUCAAAACUUCUUUCAGCAUUAUGGAUAUAUUUAAGUAAUUCAGAAAAGCAUAUUUUCAGAGUGCUGCUUAAACUAAAGUUUGCUACUAAAAAAUAUGCAAAAGUUUGUGACCUUAUAUUUAUGAAAAGUUUUGCUAAUUUUACAAAGAAUGUAGAUUCUUUGACAGAUGUAGAUUAUGUCAGAUAUUUGCUUGUUUUAAAAGUAUGGAAAAGGAUAAAAGAAACUGUUGAAGAAAAAAGGCAAUUGAAUAAGAAGGCUCUAACGAUAUUAGGUCCAUAUAUUCCAAAAAUGCGUGACGAAUUAUUAAACAUCAUACCUAAAGCACCCACAGGGCUUGAAAAUGAGACUAUUUGGCUACUGCAACCAAAUGCAUUUGACUUAAAAACUGCAUGCAACAAUUUUUUAGUAUUUGAAGAAACAAUGUUUGCUGAAUUUAAAGAAACCCCCUUAACAAGAACUUCCGAGCUGAAUUUCCAAUUAUCACAGAAUUUGUCAUAUGAUGUACACAAAUUUUUUUCAAGUUGUGAAUUGAAGAAAAGUCAUAUAGAUAACUUAGAAAAUAAUUAUUCUUUUGAAGAGAACAUGAAAAACAGUAAAAUUAGCAAUCAACAACUUUCUCCACCAAGAAAAAGAAACAAAUUUGAGAAGUAUAAAAAAAUAUCGAAAUUGAAACCUGGAGAGGUAAUUUUAAUUAAUUUAGCUGAUGAAGAUGAAUUAGGAAUUGACAAAAAGAAAAAGAAGAAAAGGUGUCAAAAAAAUUUAGAGUGGUUAAAAAUGGCAAAGAAAAAAUAUAAAGUGCAAAAACAAAUUGAUGAAAUAAAAUAUAGAGAUCAAAUAGAAAUUGCAGAUGUUUGUAGUGCAGAUAACUUUAAAAAUUGUUCUAACAACAUUCUUCUAGGAGAUUUACCAAUUUUAGACAAUAAAGUUAGUGAAAGUACAGCAAGUUGUACUUCAACUGAACAAAAAUCAGUUCGAAAUAAUAUUGAUAAUUUGGAAAAUAUACUUAAUCGUAUAUUCGAUAAGAGAAAUACUGAAUUGAAAUGUAUGUUUCAACAUAGGUGGUGUGAUACAUGUACUUCAUCAAUAAAACAAACUGAUGUGCAAUGCAGUAAAAUUCUAUAUUUACUGAAAUUUCUAAGCACUGUGGGACAAAAUACUAAAGAAUCAAAUGCCAUAUUAAAUCUACUGAGAGAAAGUAGGGAUGAAAAUAUGUCUCCUGAACAUAGUUUUUCUUUUAGAAACACAGCUAAUGAAUCUAAUGAAAUAGAUACUCAGGGUAAAGAAUUGUUUUCUCAGCCAGAAAGUUCCAUAAAGGCAAUAUUCUUGUCAAGCGAGUGCCAAAAUAAUAUUACAAAUGUACAAUCUAUAAAACAACAAUUGCCAAUAAAUACAGAUUGUAAUGUGAUAGAAGAAAAUACAUAUUGCCAAACUGAAUCUGCUUAUGUACAAAAUGAUGAUCAUUUACAUAAUUUACGAUCUAUGAGUGGUCAUAAUUCACAAGUGGUAGAGACCAUGAAAAAGAACAUUGUUCAGGAAAUUCAUGAAUGUACAGGAUGCUGUAAGAAGAUUGAGGUAAAACCUUUCUCCUAUCAUAACAAUAGUAUAUUUAAUACAAUAAAGAACGAAGAUGUAACACAUAAUACAAUAGAUAAUAAUACCAUCGAUAAAACAACAAUUUGUGACAAAAAUAUAAUGUGUAUGCUAAGUGAUCUUGACAAAUGUAUGGACGUUUUAAAUCGUAUUGGUGAACAUAUUAUGACCAUUUAUGCAGAAAAACAGCGCCUAGAAUGUUUAAAUAAAAUGGACAUAUGUACUGUAUCUACUACAGUUUUGGGAAACCAGUGUGCAGAAUCAUCAUCAUCAUCGUCAUCGUUGUCGUCGUCAUCAUCAGAUUGGAUACAAAAUAUUAAUUCAUUAACAAAUACAGAAAAACUUAGUAAAAUUUUGGAACUAUAUGGAAAAAAGGACUUAUUGAAUGUAUGUAACUGUCAAAAUCUUCAUUUUUUAAAUGAAUUUCAUAAAUCAACUCCUCAAUCAAAAGAAUAUCAUUCUUAUGGAAAAAAUAAUAUUUUUUCUGGAAGCAAACCAUCUUCAAACCUCAUCUGUAAUCAUAUAAAAUCCGAAUUUGAACAACCUAUUAAGAAAGAAAAUGAAAAUCUUGAAAUUCUAAAAAAUAAUAUACAAGACACGGAUCAACUUAAAAUUAAUGUACUAACAAAUAAUCAAACUUGUGACAUAUCUUUUACACAUAAUCUGGAAAAUACUAAAGAAUCAAAUCAAGAUAUGCAUUGGGAAUCUACGUUACAAAAUUUGUCACAAGAAGCUAAUACAGAAGAAUCACGUUCCAUAGAGGAAUUUGAAAAUAUCACUAUUUUUGAUAGUAUUCUGAGUGGCGAUGAACAAGAAACUAUUGAAGACGAACAAAAAAUUUGGGGAGAUUUAAAAUCACCAUUAAUCUAUGAUAAUUCGGAUAGUGUAUUAAAUUGCAUUACAGAAUUUUUUUCACAGCCUGAACAUUUGCAUACUAAUGAAAUGGAAGAAAAGUACAUAUUGUCAGAUGCAGAAGAUUCUCAAACAUUAUUAUCUGAAGGCAGCUUUGGAAGAACUGGAAUAUUAAAUUUUUUAUUUGAUUUUUAUUUAACAAAUAUGGACUCUCCUUCAAAUAAUUUUAUAUAUUCAAAUAUACAAGCAGUUAAUCCUCGGUUGAUUGAGAAAACUUUUGAAGAAAAGACAGCUGAAAAAAAUGAUUUAGAAAAUAUACUUUCACAAGAGGAUAAGGAAUUGUGUAGUAAUCAAAAUCAUUCUGUUAAUAAUAGCAUGGAUAUGAUUGGAUUUGAAGUGAACACAAGUAGAGAAGAAGUGCUUGAAUUUCUUCCAGUAACUAAGAGUACACCUUCAUUCUCUGGUCAAUCAAUUAAUUUAGUCAAUUCAGAUAGCAUACUUUCUGAAGAGAAAGAAUCGUUCCCUAAAUGCAGUCUUUCUAGUCCUACUGAUAAGUUUAAUGUUGGUAGUCUUAAAGAAACAUUUUAUAUUUUUCAAAAGGAAGAUACUAUUAAUCAAACCCAAUCAUUCAGUGAUAUAAAAAAUGAAGAUUUACCUGAAAUUUGUAUUUCCAACAACAUUCCAUCAGAUGAAUCUAUGAAUUAUAUAUUAAAUCAACAAGAGAAUGAUAUUCAUUCAUUACAGAAGUAUACAUGUGUAGAACUUGAAACUAGUCCUUUAGUAAUAAAAGAAUCUUCAGAUUCUUGUGAUUUAUUGUCUUCCACAGAUUUAAUAUCAUGUAAUAAUGAUACAACACUGCAGUGCAUUGAACAAACAGAUGAAACUUCUUUAAGACAAAAAAAUUCUCAGGAAAACAUGCAAUACAAUUGUGAAGAAAAACAAAAUCAUAUUAUGAAAUGUAGAACAGAAAUUAGUGGUCAUCCACAAUCCAGAUCACCUAAACAGGUAUUAAAAUAUAAAAAGAAAAUUAAAAUAAAGAAAAAAGAAAAGCAAUUAUUUUCAUCUAUUGUUCAAUCUAAUCAGAAUGAAUUGAGUUUAAGAUGUUCACAAAUUACUAUUGUUAAUCCUUUGGAUUAUCAAGAUGUGCAAAAUACAUGUGAAUCAUCACUAUCAACAUUUCACAUGUCAUAUUGUGAAACAUCACCUAAAAAUGGAAAGAAACAACUAAACUGUACAAAUGUUCAACAAUCGAAGCGUAUGUCUCAACAGAAGCAACAAAUAGUAUUAAAUUUUCAUGAAGAUUCUAUGGUGAAUUCAAUCUACAAGGAAGAUUCUAAAUUACAAAAUCUCCAGUGCAUCAUGGAAGAUAAUAUCUCGGAAGAUUCAAGAAUGUUAAAUGUACCAGAAAAAUCAUAUGCAACUGAAGAUAAAUCCCAUUUCAAAAUAUCAAAAAGAAAUAUGAACAUUGAUACUAAUAUUACAAAAGCAAAUUUUAUAACAGAUAAAGACAUAACUGAAUUUUCAAAUAAUAUAAAGUCUGCUAAGUGGACAUCACAGAAUAUAAAUGUACAGCCAUCAAAUUCUAUUAAAGAACAAGCAAUUUUAGAUGAAGAUAUACCUUUGAAGAAAAGAAAAUUAACUUCAAAAUUUUCAUCAACUGUAAACACAAAUACAAAUGUUAGUUCUGUAAAUCAGCAAAAAAUGCGAAGAAAGCAUUAUGUUUCUACAAAGAAAGGUGUGAUGUAUACAAAUAAAUCGAAGAAUAUAAUAGCGCAAAAUAAUGAUAAAAUAGAAACAAGUUCUAUUGAAACAAUAGAGAAGGUUGAAGCCUCUUCCGUUAAAGGAAUAUUAAAUUACGAGAAGAAACAGGAAUCAUCAGGUGCACUACUCGAAAUUUCAACAAUGGAAAAAAAAUUUGGAUCGCAAAUGGUAUUGAAAUCAUUAAAAUGUACAAAUAUUGCACAAACUGAAUUCUGCGUGCGACCAGAAUUGGAAAUUUGUAAUUACAACAAAAUAAAAGAGGAUGUAAGAGAAAAUACAUCAAACAUCACUAAUAUUAAAGAAUCUAUUUUCGAAUCUUUUUCUAUGAAUGAGAAAGAUAUUUCUAAUGCAGUUAAUGAAACAUGAUUGAAUGAAAAUAUUGGAAAUAAUGGAAUUUCUUAUAUUGGUGCAAACUUUAAGAAGCAGUAUAUAAUAGACGAUAAGUGCGAUAAUAAUAUUCGCAAACAUAUUAAUAAAGAUGUGCCCUAUGUAUCUAAUGAAGUAUUUGAUGUGUCAUCGCAGAUAAUAUUCGAAAGGAUGUAAUAAUUUACAUAAAGUGGCAGAUACUCAUCAACCACUUUACCAUUGAUCUAUAAAAAUUGUGUUGGCAAUAUAGAAUUAUAUGUGUCAUAUCAUAUGUAUUGUACAUCAGUAUUAUGUAGUUUACAAAUUAAUGUACAACUUUCCUUCAUUCGCACGCCAAAUUGAGUAGCCCAUGUAAAAGGUUGUACUGCUGCUAAAUUGCACUACUUAUUGUCGCCCAUGGCAAACAGUGUAUACGUCUGGCGACGGAUAUCCAUAUGUUUUGUACCAGAAUAAUUUCUAUUUUUUCCCAGUGCACUCAUCAAUACCAAAACCUUAUCAAUUAUUGUGUAAAAUGGAAAAAUUCCUUUACAAAAUAAAACAUUGGAGACACUUGAAGUACAGUAUGACUAGAAAAGAAUAUUUAAAGAAGAUACGAAAAAUAGAUUGCCCUUUUAAAAAAGACGUGCUAUAGCUUACAGAAAAAUGCCAAUGACAGUUGAAAAAAUAGAUAGUUAUUCAGCUAUACCUAAGGAUAGAUUGUUGCUGCUGUAAAAUCGUUAGACAGUACGCGAAAGAAGUCCGAUGAAAUUGUUAAAUCCGAAUAUGAACUAUCUUUUGUGAAAAGAAAAAAUUGCAUGGUGAUUAUUACUGCAGUUUGCAUUUGAUAGAAAGAAAUUAUGGUAAAGACGUACACGUUGCCAGUUCGCAUCAGAAUUUCGCGAAAGAAAGACUAAAGCUCACUGUCCACAAAUCGCUAUAUCCGUUUAUAGUUGCAACAUACGCCUCUCUACUGACAGUGUUAACGUCAGCCGUCAUUAAAACGAUUCGCUUCCUUUUUUUGGACAAAUGUACGUUACUUUACAGUGACUGCUACAUGGAGGCGUACUGUUAACAUCAACACAUGUAUGAAGCUACACUUUGUAGAUAGUGGGUGUAAGAAUGCCAAUUUCGAUCGACAAAGUAUCAAACUGAUAAUAUCGUAUUAUCAAGAAUCUCCAGAGAACAGUUAAAACAUCCAUGCGACGGAAAAAAUUAAUCGUUUAAACUGACUUAACAGAGAACUGAUGGAGUAAGAAGGAACGUACAAAAGAGUAAAGAAGAAAUAAUCGCCUCUACAGGAAGAAAGAAGGAAGAAUGGAACGUUCCUAAAGUAAAUUAUUCUUACACCGAUGCUGAUUCAGAAUGGAGUCCGUCCGGUGAGUCAAAACGCAAAUGGAGAAAGGUUAGUCGAUGAUCGAUAUUAUGGAAAUUCAUUAUUGUAAGAAAUUUUUCUGAGAUAUAAAUAAUCAACUGUACAUUAUUCCAUAAGACUGUGGCAUCGUAAAAGGGUCCUUACGUGAUCGUGUGUGUGCGUGCGUGCGUGCGCGCGUGUGUGUGUGUGUGUGCAUAUUGCCAAUAUUUCAGACUUCUCAACAUUAUUGUGCAUGUAAAGAAAUUCUUAAAUAAUCAAUAUACAUAUAUUAACCCUUUGAGGACGGGGUCGCUCGACGAGCGAGCGUCGCUGUGGACGAGAGGUAUUGGCGCGCGCAGUUGAGAAAAUAUACAUGUUGAAUGUUUGCGUUAUUCAUUGUCGAGACUUGUAUUAUUUUCAUCAAUAUUUAGUUCAUCAUCAGUGUCACUAUUAUUAGAAAUAUUGAAACGUCUGAGCCGAUUCCUUGUUAAACGGAGUUCGUUUCCAUUGUCUGAAGCACUGUCGUCAUCUUCUAUCUUGUCAGGUUCAAAAUAAUGUUCGUCAUUACUAUUAUCACUAUCGAACAUGUUCUUUCUGGAACUUUUAAGCAUCCUGUAUAGGGUAUUUUAAAAAAUAUAUAAAUUAUAUAAAAAGCUUUCUGAUUCAUCUGGCAAUGCCAUAGAAAGAUUGAAAUUCGUUCUGACUCGACCAUCAUCCUGCAUUGCGAGUUUACAUUAAACAGAAGAUAAGAUUUCUAAAGAUCUACAAUUUUCUUUCAUCAAAAACAUAAUACUGUUUAGUUUACUGUACCCAUGCGUAAAUACGCAUAAGAUUAUCGUUCGGAAAAAUAGACAUACGCCAGCCACUUCAAAAUAACUGUAUGGAACUGUGAACAGAUUCGGGCGGCUAUAUGUCGACACUCGUCCGCAAAGGAUACAAUAUACAUAUAAUAUCUGAGGAUCUCCUUACAUGCAUAAUAAUAUCGUGCUCAGAACCCUGAAAUAUUGAUAAUGUAUAUAUUGAUCAUUUAAGGGUCCCUUAAACUUAUAAAUACUGUAUAAAUGAGAAGAUAAAUUAUUGUGGGGAGAUAUUUGCAUAAUGUAAAAGUGUAUAGUACAACAAUCGAAGAUCAAUAUUAGUGUAAUUUUUCAAAGAAUUCCAAAGCAACAAUAUGGAGGAUGUUUAGAUAUCAUAGAUCGUACCUGUAUUCUGUUAGACACAGGCAGUUUCAUAUUAAAAGGAUAAGAACUCUUUUAGUGUUUGUAAUUUCCUGUGUGUAAAAUUGAGCAGUAUUAUCCUCCAUUUUAUCUAAUUUCAAUGACUACUUAAUUUUGAUAUAGUGCUAAUAAUUUUAAUUCAAUUGAGAAUAUCUAUAAUCAUUUAAUGAAAAAAUUACUUUUGUGUAUAAUUAUGUAAAUAUAAUAUUGUAAUGCAAAAUAAUUGUAAGCAAAGUUUUAUAACUCUUAUAUAGUAUGUGAAAUAAUUUACAUUAAUGAAUAAUUCUAAAUGUAUUAUAUCAAGCUGCAUAAAGUACCAUAUUGUGGUAUAAGACAAUUUGAUAUUUUGAUGAGAAUUAAUUAAAAACAAUAUUUAUUAAUAUUAAAAUUAACUGAGAUGCAGAUUUUCUACAAGAUUGUGCAUGUAUGUGUAUAAAAAUCAUAAAGUUUUAUGCAACAAAUUAUUGCAGUGCAUAAAAUUGCCAUUACUUAAUGUUAGUUACUAUUAGCAUUACGUUAAUCUUUCCAACAUUGCAAAAUAUUAGACUUUAUAUUUCUUAAUUUAUAAAAUUAUAUAAAUUCGGAGAAAUAAGAAAACUUACUAUCCAAUUUAUAAAUGUACAUAAAUGUAAAUAAUACAGUAAAGUAUGCUUUCAGAUACAAAGCUUAUAAAAGAAAGCAUUUGAAUGAUCUCUCCAGUAAUAUUUAAAUUAUGAACUUUUUUAAAAUUUUACUUGCCAGGUUUUUUGUUAUUAUGUUAGUUUUUUCAAUGUACAAAAUACAUACUAAGGUUUCAACAAAGUUUUUAAGGUUACCAUUUAACCAUUCCUAAAAUUUUGAAGAAACUCUUGUUCUUAUUUACUUUAUACUAAACAUAAUAUUUUACGAAAAUUAUAACUUUUAGAGAAGAUAUGUUAUGCCAAAUACCUUUUUUAAUUAAUUUAAUUUGCAAAAAAUAUAGCAAAGUAUAUUAAAUUGCUAAAAGUUCGAAGUAUGAUUCUAGGCAGUUCAUUCUUUUUUAAAAUAAAUAUUAUGUAUAUCAAAAAAUAUUAAUUACAUAUUCAAUUUUGUAAGGUUUGCUUGAAAAGUAUUAUCUAUUGGAAAUUUAUGGUUGACAGUAAUCUUGAAACCAAUGAAUAUGAGACAAUAUUAAAGUAACAUGUGAUAUUUUAAUUUUAAACUAGUUCUAAUUUGAUUUGUUGAAUUUUAUACAUCCUAUUAUAUUAAAAAAUUUUAUAAAUUAAUUCUUGUCCCUGUAAAUACAAUCAGAAUUUAUUGUUAGUACAACUUGUAUGCAAUUUAUUUUUAAUGCUGAUAGUUUUUAUCAUUAUCUUUAUAUGUUAUAUGUUUAUAAUAUUUAUGGCAAUUUUAAUAUUAAAUAUUGACACUAAAUCUACCAACAUUUCCUAUACGUUCACUCCUAUUGUGCCCGGUCAAAAUGACCGGUCCUUAAAAAAAAGUUAUUGUUUUUUAUUGCUCAAUGAAUUAGUAUAUGAAUAACUUCCAUAAAAUGACGGUACAAAUUUAUUUUUAUAUAAUUUUAAUUAUAAACUAAGAAAGAGGAUUAAAAUUGAACGGUAGUUAUAUAGUUUCUUUCAUUCCUAUACACCUUAUAUACACGUAAAUACACAUUGUUUUAAAUAUAUAAAUAAUAUAUAAUCCUACUCGUUUUCACUGCACUUUUUACAAAUUAUUCUGUUCUCGAAUGUACAUUUGCCGCACACAUAUUUUUUGCAUCCCGAACAGAUUUUCAUAGUUUUGUAAACUUUACAAUAUUUUACUUGACAAGAUUUUCAUACAUGUGAAUUCGAACUUGUAUUUGUUGAUGCUUUUGGUACAUUUUCUUCUUCCCGCGAUUUUUAAUACGCAGCGCCAAGUUCUCCAACUAACUAGAAUAAAAAUUCCUGCUUUAAAAUUUUUUCUCCCGUUGUUUCUUUACGCAAAACCCAGGCGUUUAUUCCAGUUAGAUUCAGAAUAUUGAAAAACACCUGGAGGGGCCAGCUACAACAUUUCGACUUGACAAUGCAUUUUCUUGCCAUUUGGUCAUUUUUUUAGAGAAAUGCCAUAUUCAGAUAGCCUUUCUUUUAUACUGAUUGUAUAAGUUUAGGAGAGUAAUACUAUAUUAUCUCGAGCGGUCAAAUAGACCGGCGACGGUAGGUAGGACAGACUACAUAUAUUUCUUGGAAAAAGAGAGAGAGAGAGAGAGAGAAAUAAAUACUGAAGAAUACAUUGUAUGCGUAUUUUAAGAAAAGCUGUAUAUUUUGAUGGCGAUGUGAUAAUGUUUAAAUAUGUGAAAGUUGUACAAAAGUUUGAGAACGGUCAAAUUGAUCGAUAGUGGUAGGUUUAGUGUUAAUUGCUUGAAAAAUAUAAAAAAACAUUUUAUUUGACAUAACAAUAGUGAUUACUUCUGAAACAAACCUUACUAAAUUUUAAGUUUAUCACCUUAGUUUUAUGUAGGAGUAAUUAAAAUAAAAAAGAAGUAUUUUUCAGAAGAAAUUUAUUGUCAACUAUUGAAGUUAUAUAUUAGUUUUUAUAAGAUAUAAAAAUUAUAUAAGCAAGUAAUCUAAUAGUAUAUAAGUAAUUUAACAUAUCUAGUAUUUAUUAGUUACUUUUGUAUUAAAAAAUACGUUUCAUUUUUGUUUUUUUCCCUCACAAAGUACAAGAAUUAUACAAAAAGACUUAAUUUUUAGUAUUUUCGAAAUAUUAUUAAAAUAGUAAUUGACUGUUACUUUUCUAAUAAAGUAGUGUGUAUUUUAUGUUAAAAAUUAAACACAAAAUAAAAUUGUUUAUGCGGAUUUGUAUUUUGUGUGUUUAUGUAAAAGAGAUAUUUUUAUUUUACAUAAAUUGUUUUAUGUAUUGUUUGCAAGUAUUAUAUUUAGUAAGUAUUAUAUGUAGCAAAUUAAGUCACAUUAUUAUAUGGUACUAUUUAACCUUAAUAAUGCAAGCUUUUAACCAUUCGUCAUUCCAUUUGAUUGCCUAAAUAGAAUUGUGAAGAACUAUGAUAGUUAUUCUUAGUCAGUUUGUAAAUUAUAAAUUAUUCGAGAUCAUUACUUUUACACAUAUUAUAUUCGUCAUGUAAUUAAAAUACUUUUUUAAUUCAACGAAGAAUUCAAUUAAGAAUAAAAAAUUAUUUACCUGCAAUAUAUAUAAAAGUAAGAUAACGAAUUAUUUUGUAUCCCAAAAUCGUAAAUAAUACUGCGUAGACAUUGACAAAGGUGUGAACAAUCUU